AUGCCCGCCACCCCUCCCCCCACUACUGAAGCCCUCCCAACCAAAGACGUCACCUCCAUCACCCUCGACGACCUCGACCUCUCCGCUCUUCCCGACCUCUCCACCAUCCCCGUCAAAAUCGGCUACCUCCACGAAAUCGGCCUCUCCUAUUGGUACGGCCCGACCUCCAUGCUCGAAUGGCUCAUGGAGCAUAUCCACGUCUACUCCGGUCUCCCCUGGUGGGGCAGCAUCGCCUGCACCGCCCUCGUGAUCCGACUGGCAAUAUUCCCGUUCUUCUUGAAGAGUUCGGACAGCAUGGCGAGGAGUAAUGCCCUAGUCUCUGUCACCAAGCCGAUUACGGAGAGGAUGCAAGCGGCGCAGAAGACCGGGAAUACCCAGGGGGUGAUGGAGGCUUGGCAGGAGAUGCAGACGAUUCGGUCGCGGGCGGGCAUAUCUUUCAGGGCGCAGUUCGCGCCCAUCAUUAUGCAGGGCGUGCUGGGCUUUUGCGGGUUCAAGCUUUUGCGGGCCAUGGUUGCUCUCCCCGUGCCGGGUUUCAUGGACGGCGGGUUCCUAUGGUUGACUGAUCUGACACUCCCGGAUCCGUAUGGAAUUCUACCGUUGGUAAUGGGCGCAGCGAUUCAUCUACUUAUACGGAUUGGAGGGGAGUCCGGGGCCGCUGCACCGGGCGCGAUACCGCCUGCGAUGCAGAGUUUCAUGUGGUACGGCAUGCCGGGCAUCGUCAUCCUGAUCAUGGCAUGGCAACCCGGAGCACUAUGCGUCUGGUUCACGGUCUCUGGGGCUCUUGGCAUGGUGCAAGGGUUGAUGCUUCAGCGACCAGCGGUACGAAAAUACUUUGGCAUCGCCCCGCUGUAUAAACCUACUAAGAGCGAGGGUCCCGUGAAGAACGAAGCCUAUGCGCUUUUCGAGAGUAUGCUACCCAAGCCUAAAGCUUCCUCCGCUGCGACGGCGGCGGCCGCAGAGGCGGUCAGGAAUAAUGCGGCAUAUAUCCGCACGUCGUAUCAAGCGCCUAAUCUGCACACGAAUAAUUACAACAACACAAAAGGGCCUCUGGGAUCAACGAACAACGUCAUAGACGUCGUGGCCAAGAACAGCCGCUCAACGCCUUCCAAUUCUACUUCCUCGGCAGACGCGCAGGAGAAAUCCGGCGGGAUCAUGGGGAGUUAUAAUGGUAUGAGGGAUGGGGUGAAGAAUAUGAGGAAUUUUGUUCGGGAGACGACGACGGCGCAGGCGGAGAAGAAUAAGGCGCGGGCGAAGAAGGAGGCGGCGGCGGCUUAUGAGAGAAGGGCUGGUCAGCGGCAGGGUGGGAAGGGUGGGCGGUGA